AGAGACAGAGAGAGAGAGAGAAACAGGAGGGGGUAGGCACGCAAAACAAGCCACAUGCAUAAGGAGGGAGCCAGAGGCACAGAGACAGAGAGGUAGAGUGUGUGAGUGUGCAUGUAUGUGUGAAAACACUGCGCAUGUGUGACUGUGAGGCGCACUGACUGGAGCAGACGGAGAAGGAGAAAGAGGAAGAAUGAACAGCAGCUGAGUCAAGAGGAAAGAUAACAGCAGAGGAGAGGGAAAGAAGAAAAAGGCAGGUUUACCUGAAGACCAGAAGGAAGAGACGGGCAGGAAAGAAGAGAAGAGUGGACGUACAGAGAAACACAACGCAGAAGCUCGGGUCACUGCACAGAAUAAGCUGAAUAAUUUGAGAGGCUUACAGGCAGAGGGAUGGAGAAAGAGAGACCAGAGAGAGAUGCUCAGUCACCGCACAGAGGAGAAGGAGCAGGGGUGGGAGAGUGAAGGACAAAGGUACCAGAGAGGAGAGGAGUAGGGGAACGAUGGAUGUGGAGCCUCGAUGAAAGCAGCCAGAGACAUGACGCAUCCACCUUGUAACAGCUUCCUCCAUCUUACAUCCCCUCCAUGUUUGCCUCCCUCCACUGGUGCUCGUCGUUCAUCCUGCUAGAAUCGAAUGGACAGGAGAGAACAUCCUCCCUCCGGUGAGACAUCCCCCUGAACAAAGAGACGUUUAAGAGCGUUUAUCUUCACAGAACAUCAUCAGCAACAGCAACAGCAACGGCAACUGGAACAGGAGCGAGGAAGCAAGAGAAGGACUGGAACAAGACAAGUGCGUAGGCAGACAGGUAGAUGGAUGAAAGGAUUCCUGAGGACACGUAAUGAGUUUGAGACACUGAAAAAGGGGAGACAAGCACAGAGGCAUCCUUCAGACUGUUAUCACUUGGGAGGACUGUCUGAAAAUCUUCACUACCACCUCUUAGGAAUUCAGGAGCCUUGGAGCUUGAAGGAAUAAUUCCAACAGUUUUCUGGAGCAUUAUAGGACACCUCCCAAAAAAAGACCUCCUCCCUGUUUUCUUAUCAAUCAAUCCACUUAGAGGGUCACACAGGGUCACCUGACUAAACUGGAACAAGAGCAGAGAGAGAGACUGGAGGUUAUUCUUUCUUUCUCACGCACUCGAGUCGAGGUGUAACACACCCGCAGCCAAAAACAGGAAGUUAAGCGGGCGUUUGAGAGCGAGAACCACGUGUAAAAGCUCGUUUGAGAAGGCGAGAGUUUCCUUGGCAGGCCACAGGAUAUAGUUUCAGACAAUAGCUCUAGGACCUUUCUGUGCUGCCUGAACUCAAUCCCCACCACGCUGUGAAUGCAGAAAUCCACCAACCUGUACUGUAUGUUUAUAUGUGAGCAUCUGUGUGCAUAUGAGAAUAUGUAUUAGUGUCAUCACUGAGUGAAAACAUAUCUUUGUGCUAAAGUACUAACUGUCCUUGUGUGUGAAUAUACGUUUCUGCAAAUAGCCAUCAGAGACGGCACAGGAACAUCAGCAUAAGUGAGUAAAAACAACAAAAAGCUACCUUUAAGUAGUCAACACUGGUCAGAUACUGUAAGCUGGACUGUCAUAUCUGUACAUAUCAGCUGUGAAAGAAUAGGAUUGAGGUGCUCUGGCUGAUCUCUUCUAUCAGUCUUCCCUUCAUAAAGACACAGGCUGACUAUAGCGCACAGCAAGGGGGAUAUCUGAGGGAAACAUGGAGGCAACCAUCCGUCCCCAUGUUCCCUCGAAUGGCUGACUUCUGAGAAAGAGCCUAAGCUUUUUCCUCUUGCCCAGAACCAGGCAGGGGUGUCCAGCGCUGAUCAGAGCCGCAGCCCCUCUCUCUUCCGCCUCCAAAAACGCGUGAAUGUCCUGCCUCAGACGCCAGCCCGUCACCAUCCCCAUGGACACCGUCAAGAUCAUCCAGUCGGAGAAGUUCCCCAGAGAGUGCCCUGUGCCCAUCACCCAGCCGCGCUAUGCCCCGCCCCCCAGAGUGGCGUGGGAUGGUGGAGGUGAAGGCGAGAUCAUCGUCAACCAGGCCUGCAGCGACAUGACCCUGGACAUCACAGGGUCUCCACGGAACAUGGUGUCCCCCUCGGUCCCCAUGACGCGCCGGGAGCAGAGCUUCCUGGCGCAGCGUAAAACCAGUGCCAACGAAAUCUGCUACCACCAGUUCCACUACAAGAUGGAAGACGUCAUAGUCAACCAGUACGUGCUGCGCUCCUCCUCCACCUCCUCCUCCACUUCCUCCUCCUCGUCGUCUGGGCCUGUGAUGCCCUGCGAACCCCUGGACUGCCCCACCUGCGGUCACACCUACAACUUCGCCGGCAAGCGUCCACGCAUCCUCUCCUGUCUGCACUCUGUGUGUGAGGAGUGCCUGCAGAUCCUCUACGAGUCCUGUCCCAAGUACAAGUUCAUCUCCUGCCCCACAUGCAGGCGUGAGACAGUGCUGUUCACUGACUAUGGCCUGGCUGCUCUGGCCAUCAACACCAGCAUCCUGAGCCGCUUGCCCUCUGACCCCAACGGGCCCGUGCAGUGGGGCGGGGAGGCCGACCGCAGCUGCUACCAGACUGUGCGCCAAUACUGCCAGUCAGCCUGCACCUGCCAGAUCGCCAACCCCUUGUCUUCCUGUGGCAUCAUGUAGACAAGGGGGGACACUGCAGGCAUGACUUGGACUCAACGCUACCCCCCACUACCACUCUUUUCGUCUAUAAGCUAUACCCUUUCUGCCAACCCCCCCUCUCACACACACAUUCAGUAAAUAAAUCCCUCCACAGAUGUUAUCUCUAUAUAUUUAAUAGCACAGAUGGAUGCUAUGUGGGACUAAUGGAUGCCGAUGGUUCAAUAAAUAGUAAAUAAAUGUAUUUUAUGUAUGGACUGGAAUCCUAUUCACCCUCUCUCGUUUGGUUGGACGUGUUUGUCAUUGACAUCUCUUUACAUGGGAAUGCCAGGGGAGGUCUAUCCCCCCAACCUAGGUGAAUAAAGAUAAAUAAUGAUAAAAGUAA